ACUUGUCGGACUUGUUCAACAACCGUCCGACGACGUUCAACUUCACAUAAUUUCGCCGUCCUCAUUAAUUUUUUCAACACUUCCGCCAUCAUAUCCUUUGUAAAAAAAUAGAAUAAAAAAAUAAUGCCACCAAAUCCUAGCCAAAAAGGCACCGGCAAGAAAAAUGCCGGCGCGAUCGGAAAGCGUAGUCGAAAUACGACGCCCAUGGCCAGCUUACCUUCUAACGCGAGCAUCCCACCUGUUGAUACUAUAGAAACCGAAUUCCUAGAUCUUAGAUUAGAUUCAGUGCGUACUAUAACCUACGAUGACCUAAUUGAUUCUACCACUUCGAAUGCCGUUAUCCCCGAUUCUAAGAGCCUCGACGGCUUAAUUACGCGAUUAGGGAAGCUUAAUGAGAUAGUCGAUCGGCGAGGAACGUGGUGCGAUAAGGGAAUGAGACUUGUCGCGGCCCAGAGGAAGACUCAUUACGAUGAGGUGGCUUCUGCCGGUAGAAGGGAUGAUGCGCGUAGAGAAGGCGAUGAUGAUUCGGAAAGAAGAGCGAACAAGAAGAAAAGAAAAGGUAAUGACAGUCUCGCUCCUGGGGAUGCGCAUACUGAGCGCUCAUCUCCCCUACGUGGCUCCAGCAAAUCGAGAAAACAUUCCCGAGACAACGAUUCUGCCAGUUCUUCCCUUUCACCUGUAGCACCUGCAACACCCGGCGCAAUGGAGGUAGACGAGAAAGCGAAGCUCGAUAACAAAGCCGAAGAUGAUUCCGAUUCAGAAGAUGAAGGGGCGCCUCCCCGCCGAGAGUCUCCUCAAUUCCAAACCUUCGGCGAAGACCCCUCGACUUUUCCAGAUCCUACGGUUUAUGAAAUUCGUCCGGCCAAACCUGGAAUGACUGUCGAUGAGCUGAAGGAACUAUAUUCCGUUGCCGUUUUCCCCAAAUCGGACCUUUCCGACAUGAUUGCUGGCGAUCCACCUGAUAAAGACUUCAGCAACGCUAAACCGUCGAACCAGAUUAGCUUCAGCACUUUCUCGACAUAUAUUGAGCCAUACUUCCGCCCAUAUGUCGAAGAAGACCUGGCUUUCCUACGGGAACGGGGCGAUCGAAUUACACCCUUUGUUAUGCCAAAACGAGGAAAGAGACAUUAUACUGAAAUAUGGGCAGAAGAGGAUGGUGCUAUGGCAAUUGAUUCGAGUGCACCUGGUAGGGACAAGCUUGCUCCUAAUCAAGCACGUGGUACGAUAGACAACAUGGAUGAUGAUGUGGCAGAGAGCGACAAGCUAUCGGUUGGUCCUGUGUUAUCACGAUUGCUACAAGCUAUGCGCCCCGAAGCCCGCGUGCAACCGACGGAAGAUAAACCGAUGACGAAUGGAGUUAAUGGAGACAUCGAAAUGAAGGAAGAGCCUAAUGGCGAUUCCAAUUCGGGCAUCGCAAACGAGGAGAGUAAAAGCAUGCCUCCUGCCACUUUCAUGACUGAGUCGUCAACCGAAGCAUGGAAGAAAGCUACACAUCCCAAGUUAGACUACUCGCAAGUGGACGAGCGUAUCAAGCUGGAGCUCCGUAACAUCGGAUUCCUCCCUCUGGAAGGGUUCGAUGGGGAUUACGACGGACACUACGAUGAUGAAGUCGCGGCUCGUCUGCGCCUCUUACAGGAUCGUUUGCGCGAGCAGAUGCUCAUUAAUGGCGCUCGAAAGACCCGAUUAACGGACUUAGUGAAAGAAAGGAUGGCUCAUCAGGAAUACACCACCAUCCUUGAGGAUCUCGAUACGCAAGUCCAGGGAGCGUAUCUUAAGCGGACGCGCACGAUGGGCAAGAGUAAGAAAUCUAAACGACCAGGCGGGGCUGGCGGUGGUAAUCACCCGGCUGGAGGGUCCGGAACGGGCAUGGCUCGACCAGGUAUCGGCGACGUGACCAAGACUCUGAUGGAACGCCGAAAACGAUGGAUCGACGCUGUCGGUCCGGUGUUUAGUGAUCCUAGUCUCGGCAGGGUCCCUCGUUCGUCUGAUCCUGACAGUACGAUCUUCAAGCCCGAGAUAAUGGCUGAUUUGAUGAAGAAGGAGCGGCAGGCCUGGGACGAAGAGGUUGAGGAUGAGUGAUUACGCAUUUUAUAUUCUUAGGUACCUACUUUAUGAAAUCUUAUGGGCGCAGGGCGGGUUUGCAUGUACCUUAUGAUACCAUAUCGGCGUUUAGGGGCUGGCAAGAAGUUUGCGAGAAUUGAUAUUGAAGGAGUGCAGUACUUGUGCGUCAUGGAAUUUCUAUCGAUACAACAGGUUAAAGACUGGAUCCUAUUUUAAAUGAAGAUUCUUAUUGGUUUUAUUUAUCUGUUUACUUCACCUCAUCUCCACGGGUCUUCUUAUAAGUCUGAUAUGGCAUGUUUAAGACCCAUCCUCUCUAUUAGGUACUCAGACUAGCAGCCGCGAAAAUUAAAAUGAGCAGUCGUCCAACAAAAACAAGACCACACAUACAAGAUUGACUAUUUUGAAUUGAAAAAAAAUCACAUCAAUAGUAUAGAAUUUCACAAUUACUUU